AUGGAACUCAACGGUCUGCCAGACGGCGAUGACCCGCGUAGAGCGCUAGAAGAUGAUCUCUUUGGCAAUGACGAGCCCUCUGCGUCAGCGCCACAGGGAAUGGCCACAACGAUCACGCCUGCCGACUUGGGUGGUCCCUCUCUGAUUGAUCAGGGCAUACCUAGUCCUGCCCCGCCCACGCCAUCGCCCGACCCAGAAGAUCUCUUCGGUGACGGGGAUGAUGAAGUUGCAGCUGUCAGACAAGGUUCACCUGUCAGGCCAGACAUGGAUGACGUCGAUCAUUCUAUGGCUGGCGAUGAGGAUGAUGAUGACGGUGAUGAUGAUGAUGAUGAUGAUGAUGGGUUGACGGCAGAGGAGCGUAGGCAGAGAAGACGGUUGGAGUACGAGGAAGACGAUGCUGCACCCCAGGAAAUACAAGAAACCGUCGCAACCGUGCCGAUGGCCAAUCUGCCCACCAUCACUUCAGACGAUGGUCAGAUCUGGCUGGCGCGUAUACCCAAAUUCUUGCAAGUCGAUAGCAGUCCAUUCGACGUCGAGCGGUGGAAAAGCGCACGCUCUGCGGAUCCAAAUCAGAGCAUAGCUGAAGAGAACGUCGUACGAAACCGCUGGAUCAGCGAGCCAAGAACUGAGCGCAAAGUGAGGCAAAGUAACAGUCGCAUCGUACGGUGGAGCGACGGCUCGCUCUCGUUACAGCUCGGUACAGAAUUCUAUGAUAUUCGGCAGAGUCUAGACGAGGCAGCAGGCAAGACGAUCGAUGCUCAAGGCAAGCUGACCCCACGUGGCAUGGCUUAUGUCGCUGUAGAGCACACUGCCGAUCCCAGCAACGUCUUCAUCGAGACGCAAGCUCCUCUUGCGGGCGAGAUGACAUUCUUGCCCACUUCGACCAGAGGACAUAUCAGUCGUCGCCUGGCUGUGCAGUCCCAGGCCGACAAGCGCGCUUCUGCGCAGUCCCAGACCAUCUCGAUUGCAGACAUCAAGCUCGAUCCGGACAGAGAAAAGGCACAACGGGAAGCUCAAGAUCUGCUCAAAGCAAAGCAAAAGCUCAAAGAAGCCCGCAAAGCUGCAGGCGGCUCUCGCCGACGACGGGGCGGCUUCUCCCAGAGAUCUCGCAAUCUGGAUGCAUUCUCUGACGAGAGUGACGAAGAUGACGAGAUGGACCUUGACGAAGACGAGGGGCGUGGGCCGAGCGGAGCGGCAGGCACUCGCCGGAGCAGUCGACGAGAGCAGGCCAAUCUGCAAAACGAAGAAGAUGAGGCUGGCUUUAUCGCGCCGUCUGACGAAGAGCCUGUGGUAGCGGAUGACGACGACCUCGAAGAGGAGGACGCGGCUGGCGAGGACGAGGAUCUCGAGGAGGAAGACGAGCUCGACGCGGCGGAAAAGCGGCUCGAGCGAGAGCGUAAAGCUGCUGCAACUACCGAGCCGGAGCCCGAGACGACAGCUGAAGCCCAGGCGAGACGGCGACUCGUCAUCGAGAGUGACGAGGAAGACUAG